GCGCCUGUUUCCGGGGCGAGCCGCGGAACCCGGAAGUGGUCACGAAACUCGGCCGUGGCUCCAUGGUCUGAGUGGUCAGCGGUUGCUUUUUCGUGCUAGGUAGUUGCCGCCGCCGCCGCGCCGCCAUGGGGAAGCGACAGCACCAGAAGGACAAGAUGUACAUUACUUGUGCUGAAUAUACUCACUUUUAUGGUGGCAAGAAGCCAGGUAAGGCUUGCGGUCUUUCUAUCUGCGACAAUCCACAAACAAAUUUUCGUCGUUUACCUUUUGACCACUGCAGUCUCUCUCUGCAGCCCUUCGUCUACCCAGUCUGUACUCCAGAUGGCGUCGUCUUUGAUUUGCUGAACAUUGUUCCGUGGCUUAAGAAGUACGGGACCAACCCUAGCAAUGGAGAGAAGCUGGACGGGAGGUCCCUGAUCAAGCUGAACUUUGCCAAGAACAGUGAGGGGAAGUACCACUGCCCGGUGCUGUUUACCGUAUUCACCAACAACACCCACAUCGUGGCUGUGAGGACGACCGGCAACGUCUACGCCUAUGAGGCAGUGGAACAGCUAAAUAUCAAAGCCAAGAACUUCCGGGACCUGCUGACUGAUGAGCCCUUCUCCCGGCAGGACAUUAUCACCCUCCAGGACCCCACCAAUUUGGACAAGUUCAAUGUUUCUAACUUCUAUCAUGUGAAGAAUAACAUGAAAAUAAUAGACCCAGAUGAAGAGAAGGCCAAACAGGACCCGUCUUACUAUCUGAAAAAUACAAAUGCCGAGACCCGAGAGACCCUGCAGGAGCUCUACAAGGAGUUCAAAGGGGAUGAGGUUCUGGCAGCCACCAUGAAGGCCCCAGAGAAGAAGAAAGUGGACAAGCUGAACGCUGCCCACUAUUCCACAGGGAAGGUCAGCGCUUCCUUCACCUCCACUGCGAUGGUCCCGGAGACCACACAUGAAGCAGCUGCCAUCGACGAGGAUGUGCUCCGCUACCAGUUUGUGAAGAAGAAGGGCUACGUGCGACUGCACACCAACAAGGGCGACCUCAACCUGGAGCUGCACUGCGACCUGACACCAAAAACCUGCGAAAACUUCAUCAGGCUUUGCAAGAAGCAUUAUUACAACGGCACCAUCUUCCACAGAUCCAUCCGGAACUUUGUGAUCCAAGGGGGUGACCCCACAGGCACAGGCAUGGGCGGGGAGUCGUACUGGGGGAAGCCCUUCAAAGAUGAGUUCCGGCCCAACCUCUCUCACACGGGCCGCGGCAUCCUCAGCAUGGCCAACUCAGGGCCCAACAGCAACAAAUCUCAAUUCUUCAUCACAUUUCGCUCCUGUGCCUACCUGGACAAGAAGCACACCAUCUUUGGACGGGUUGUUGGGGGCUUUGACGUACUGACAGCCAUGGAGAAUGUGGAGAGUGACCCCAAAACUGACCGCCCUAAGGAGGAGAUCCGCAUCGAUGCCACUACAGUGUUCGUGGACCCCUAUGAGGAGGCUGAUGCCCAGAUCGCCCAGGAGCGGAAGACACAGCUCGAGGCAGCCCCGGAGACCAAAGUGAAGAGCAGCCAGCCCGAGGCAGGGAGCCAGGGCCCCCAGACCUUCCGCCAGGGCGUGGGCAAGUACAUCAACCCAGCAGCCACGAAGCGAGCGGCAGAGGAAGAGCCCUCAACCAGCGCCACUGUCCCCAUGUCCAAGAAGAAACCCAGUCGGGGUUUUGGGGACUUCAGCUCCUGGUAGCAGCAGGCUGCCUGAUGACCGCUAGAGACACGUCUGCCCCUUAUCACCCUGCUGCACACCAGCGUCUGGCCCUUCAUCAUGCUAAGAACAAGAACUGCACCAUGGCUGGCUCCGCCUCUUCUCCAGCCCAUCCCUCUGCAGCCUGUCACCCGUCUGUGACUGUUGACCAGGCCCCUGGAGUGACUUUUGACGCCCUCAAUGCCUCCCGCCAGGCACUGUCCUCAGCGAGGUCUGGUCUAGCCCUGGCAGUAACUCACUUGUAAGAGGCUCAGACACCAAGCUGGGCCUGCACAGUAGGACACAGUGACUGCACAGGUGUCUACACACCCGUAGGUCUCUGAGCCAGCAUCCAGGGUACAGGUGUGGGUGGUGGGGGGUGGAGGCCUGACCAGGGAGGGAGAAGCAGGUUUGGAGAGGACCCUGUGGCCACCCUGGCUGGCCCUGACUGUAUUCUCUGGCUACAUUCAAAUCCCCCCAAUGGUGGGGGCAGAGAAGUGGGACCAGGCCGCCCUUGGCUCCAGAGCUGGAAGAACCUAAGACUGCCCUCUGCUCUCAGGGGUGCCACAGAGAGCCUGGGCUCAGCCUUCUGCAUCAGGACAUGGCCUCGUCCACUGAGCGCACAACUUAAACAUCUGACAUCAGAAGCUUUAUUUGUAAACCUCACACAGAUAAGGACCAAGGGCUGGCAGUGUGGCCAGAGGACAGGGGAAGUUGAAGGCCCCGUGCUUGAGCUUGGCAGUCCUGCUCCUUGCAGUGAAGCCGCCGUGGGUGACCGUCCAGCCUCACCCAGUGGCCUGCACAGUGAGGGAAGGGCUUCAGGGCCAUCUGCCCCUGGGGCAGGGGACAGGCCACCAAGGACCUUUGGCAAGUGAAGGUUUACAUUUCUGUAGUUUGUUUUAGAGCUUAAUUUGCAGGUUUUUAGCUAUUAAAACCACUUGAAUUUUUAAUAACCUGAUGAGGGCAUCAGGUAAAAGGAUUUUGGGAAGAUUCUUAUUUCUGAUUCUAAUAUCUGACAGAUGCCAUCAAGAAUAAGCAUUAAGGUAUAAAAAUACUGUGUGUGUAUAAAA